CAUCUUCAUCCCAAUUUUCUGAUGAUUGAGAAAACUUCACUACUGCAUAAACCCUGACUGUAACUAACCUCGAUGACGUCACUUUCAAUUUCACUCUUCCGACACCACCACCAUCACGCGCCUCUCAUUUCCUAUGCCGUACACCGUCGCUUCUCCACUUUCCGAUCAGUUUCAGUAAUCGCCUCUAGAAACCGCGAAAACCUAUCAAAAAAAUCACAACAGCCGAGCAAACACCUUCUUAAAGCACGUGAUUCCGUUAAGCAUUUCUCAUCUCUAUCGCCGUCGCUAUCGCCGCCGAUCACCUCUGCCGAUAACCUCCACCUCUCGCCGGACCAAGCGAUCGGAAAAGUAGCUUCCGCUCAAGCGAAUUUCAUGCGCGUUGUCGUUGAACCGGAGAAAAUAUUGUCUGAAAAUGAAGGAAAUGGAGUUGAAUUGUUGUGUGUGGUUAGGAAUUUGUUGAAGAAGAUUAAGAGGAGAGUUUUGGUAGGUGAUAAGGUGUUAGUCGGUUCGAUUGAUUGGACCGAUAGAAGAGGAAUGAUUGAGAAUGUUUUCGAGAGGAAAACCGAGGUGCUUGAUCCGCCUGUAGCGAAUGUGGAUCAUUUACUGGUUCUGUUUUCGUUAGAUCAGCCGAAAUUGGAGGAGUUUUCGCUUACUAGGUUUUUGGUUGAAGCUGAGUCGACCAGAAUUCCGGUUACACUUGCUUUGAACAAGGCUGAACUUGUUGAUAAAGAGACGGUGAUUUCAUGGAAAUCCAAACUUCGCAGUUGGGGUUAUGAACCGGUUUUUUGCAGUGUUGAGACCAAAACUGGACUUGAUACUCUGCAGUUCAACCUGAGAGAUCAAACCUCUGUAAUUGUGGGUCCAAGUGGCGUUGGAAAGUCCAGUUUGAUCAAUGCUAUGAGAAGCAAUCAAUUUGGAUUUGGUGCUGCAGAAGUGGAUGAUUGGUCUAAUUCUAUUUUAGGAAGCAAGUGGCUUGAAGAUCAACGAGUUGGAGAAGUGUCAGCAAGAAGUGGCAGAGGAAAGCACACGACUCGACAUGUCUCAUUGCUUCCACUAUCUGGUGGAGGAUAUGUUGCAGAUACUCCUGGGUUCAACCAACCAAGUCUAUUGAAAGUAACAAAACAGUCCCUUGCCCUGUGCUUCCCAGAGGUUCGCAAGAUUCUUUCAGCAAGUGAACCAUUGAAAUGUGCAUUUAGUAAUUGUUUACAUCUUGGGGAACCAGGCUGCCUUGUAAAAACUGAUUGGGAAAGAUAUCCAUACUACUUUCAAUUGCUUGAUGAGAUAAAAAUUAGAGAGGAAUUCCAGUUGCGAACUCUUGGAACCAAACGCGAAAGUGAUGUAAGAUACAAAGCUGGAGAUAUGGGCAUCAUGCAAGCUGAACCACGGUUACAGCCAAAGAAACAUAGAAGAACUUCGCGUAAGAAGAUGAAUCAAUCUUUUUUAGAUGACGUUGAGGCAGAACUUGAAGGUGACGAAGAUGAAAGCUUUUUAGAGGAUGAUCCCAUUAUAAAAGCAAUGGAGAAUGACAAUCAGUAAAGCCACAAAUACUUUGUAAAUACUAGCAGGCAGGUCUUUCACAGUGAGUGCAGUUCUAUAUUCUUUUGGUGUAUGCAACUCGUGAGGAUGAAGUGGCUUUAGGUACGUGAGGAUUGUUAAUAGUUCUAGAAGGAAGCGAUCUUUUUGAAGGUAGAAAUGAUCAUCCAAAAUUUGUGACUUUUGUAUAUCACAGAAAACAUGACUGUUAACAAGUCAUGUAUCUAGAUUUAACUGCCCCAACUGGUAUGUUGAAGCUGUUUGAAAAUGACAUGUUGAAGCUGUUUUUAUGUUGGUUAA